AUGGAAAGAGGAUAUGAAUUCUUAAGAAAUGUAACUAAUACUAUUGGUAAUAAAAUAUUUCAACAUUUAUGCUAUGAAAACAAUAAGAAAACCAUAGAUAUUGAAAAAAGUAGCACAUUAGAAGAAAAAGUUAGAACUUUUCUUAAAAGAAGUGAUGUAACAUGCAAAAGCAAAGAUGAAUUUGGAGCAUAUGAAGUUGAAAUAUGUGAAACAGUAGAAGAGGAUGAAAUUUAUAGCGAUCAUUUCAUUAAAGACAAAUGCUAUAAUUUUAUGCCUAUAAUUACAAAAAAAAGAGAAUUACUGUUUGCAGACAACGAUAAUUAUUUGCAUCAUUACUCAGAAUCAAGAAAAUGCAAUAAUAUGGUAAAUGAAAACUUAUUGGUUUAUAGUACUAAUAAGAAUAACAAUGAUAUACAAUUAAAAAGUGGAAAUGUACUUUUAAAUGUAGAAAAGAACAUUAAAAAACACUGUAAAGCAGUUCCAAACAAUUCAACUAUUAUUGAAGAAUUGAGAAAGCUUGAAACUAAUGCUUAA